GUAGGCCCCUAAAACUGUAAAAGGAAAAGGAUGUGACGAUGUUUAUGCGACCGAACUCCGGGAAAAGUGCUUGUUGUCCAUUAUUAAACAUUCACAACAGUUACAAUACAAUAGCAUAUAAGUGUUAGCCGUGGCUACAUUGCUUUUUGUUAAUUGUUAUGUUUUUGCAUAAUCUAAAUAAAGUGUAAUCGUUUUGUUUAGGAAUUUAACCGUAAAUAUUAUAACUCCGGGUUAAACCAUAGUCGACCAUCUAGACGCGACGUCUGUUUGUGGCUCACACAUGUCAGCUAGUCUGUUAGCACUGCUGCAGUAACAGUUGGCUAGUUCCUUGGCUUCACUUUAACCUAUUAUUAAUGCUAUCUACUUGGUAAAACCAUUAAGGAUCAUCCCUACAUUUCUGCGUUGUUUUUUUCACAAUUGGGGGGCUCCCCCCUUUUUUGUUUUUUAAUCUGAUCCCACAUGAAUAAUUGUUGAUCACUGAAUCAUGAAGGUGAAUAAACAGGUUAAGGGCCAUGCUAAAUCUCAGAAGUGGAAGGAUGUGAGGGGCAAACGGUGCCGGCCUCCCAUCAGUUCCUCAGAGCUCAACUCGAGUCCUGUCAUGGCCCGGAUGGCGGUGGAACACCAGGCUACUAUGAAGAAAAAGCCCACCGUCAAGAGAUUAAAGAAUAAGGCAAAGCCUGUCUCUGACUCCAAGACAAAAACCCCUCAGUCUGGAUGUCAGAGACCUCCUACUCAGGCUAAUGGAAUCUCAGCCUUUAAAAUGGACAACGAGUCAAAUGACUCACUGGACUGGAAGGAGUAUUCCCAGUCCAUUCAUGGGAACGGUGUGGAGACCUCCGGUGAGGUGAAAGAUGUAAUCCCAGUUAGGCUGGAGGGAGAGUCUCUCCAUUACUGUGCAGAGAGAAAUGAUCGACAAAACCAUGCAGUACUUGUCAUGCAGAAGGAUCAGACCCUGUGUUUCCGUGGGAAGUGCUUUCUGACCUGUCUAUACGGUCGGGUAGAAGUGAUGGGGUUCACCAUUGAAGAAGGCCAGCAGUCGUAUCCACUGUUCUCCCCAGCGUCACAUUGUCCACUGACCAUUAGAGCACUGGAAAGCUCUGAUCACACCAGAGAUGACAAAACGGAGGCUUCCCCCAUCCUCCAAAAGUAUCUGACAUCAGCUUCACGGAAGAAGUUGCUAAAAACUAUUACAUCGAACUCCUCCAUUAUCCUGCUGGAGCCCAUGGAGACGCCUCUGACACGGUUUCUGUCGAGCUUCUCGGAUCUAAGUGAAUUGUUCAGCCCCACGAUGAGUGAACUAAUGUCAGCCGUUCUUGACACUCCACUCAACGGUAUGGGGAUGAUUCCCCUCGUCAAAGCCAUCGAUGGCCUGAAAAUGUCAAAGACCUACAGAGAUGCUCUCAACAUGGUGGUCAGCGCCUGCAGAGGGGACAUGGAUGGUUGUGCAGUCAUCCUCGUAUGUGGUACCAAGAAUGUGGGAAAGUCAACGUUCAUCCGCACCCUCGUCAAUACCUUACUAAACCACACUGCUAGUGUAGAUUACUUGGAAGGUGACCUGGGUCAAACGGAGUUCACUCCCGCUGGUUGCCUUUCUCUGUCGACUGUCAGUGAACCACUUCUGGGUCCUCCUUUCACUCAUCAGUACACACCAGAGCACAUGAUCUACUUUGGUCAUACGUCAUGCGAGACGGAUUUAGAACGUUACCUGGAGUCACUGAAGUCCCUGUGGCGUAGACGCUCCCAGAGCAGAGAGACCCCCGUCAUAAUCAACACCAUGGGCUGGGUCAAAGGAUUUGGAUUUCAGAUGCUAGUGGACAUGAUCCGCUUCUUCCCCGUCUCGCAUAUCGUCCAGCUGGGUCACAGUGGUGUCACCCAGUGUCCCGCCCUCACUCCGGAGUUUCUGAGGACGGCACACGGCCACCAGACACACCCACCUGCACAGACCGCUCUGGCCGAGUUCACGGAGAGCCACACUCCCCCCAAAAGUUACACUCACGUCAUUGUGCAAUCAGAAUUUCAAGGAGUGGGGCGCCAAGGAACAGCGAAGCACCAGCGCACUAAUGAGCACAGAGAGCUGUCACUGCUGGCCUACCUGAGUCAGCUGCAGUCUCCGGACCCCGGACCAAUUAGACCUCUACACUGCCUUACGCCGUACCAGGUGCCCCACACAGCAGUGGCUUUAGGUGUGAUCCAUUGCGAGGUUGUGCCCACUCACAUGUUUUAUGCUGCCAAUGCCAGUCUGGUGGGACUCUGCUGCCUGGGAGAGAAAGUGACAAGCAAGGGAGGCCCAGUGCUGCUGUCUCAGGCUCCCAUCUGCCCGUGCGUGGGCUUCGGUGUGCUUCGAGGAAUCGACACGGCGCGAGGUCUGUACUUCUUGCUGACGCCUGUAGAUCCCUCCAUCCUUCGUAAGGUCAACUGUCUUCUCUUGGGAGCGAUAUCAUUGCCUUCCUGUAUCAUCACAACACAGGCUGGCUUUGAAGGAGAGAUGCCCUAUAUCACCACAGACUACAGUUUUGAUAUCACUGGUGCAGGAAAGCUGCGAGUCUUCAAGGGACUGACGAGACCCAGUCAAAUGGGAAUGCAAUGACAUCGGUUUAUUGCUCUUUACGCUUCCUGACUGGUGUCUCACGCCCAACCUAUAAGGAUUGGCCUUUGAAUGUACAGAAUUGAGGUUCAGCUGGACAAUAUUUUUUUUUUUUUUACUUCAAGAUUCGGAAGACAGAGCAGCCACAGACUCUGCAGGAGGAGAUGGCUGCUUACACGUGGCUGGACUUACAACCUCCUACUAUACGUAGGAUGGCACUGUGAAGGAGUUUCUGUGUUUUCUGUCACAUGCACAAUAAUAUCACACUUUGUACUUAAAGCUCCUGAUUGAUGUCUCUUCUUUGUGUAGUUGGCAUUCCAAAGCAGCAAAUAAAUACAAAAACCUGCCAGAUAUUAAACAAAAAACACCUUUUGCUCGGA